AUGCGUAACCUUUUCUACUUCUUGGCAGAUUCUCUGAUGUUUCUGACAGACCUAAGUGGAGGUGCAAUUUAUGUUGCACACACGAACAAUCUGAAUUUCAGGCAGCUCCCGUUUCUCUUUGUACAAAAGCCAGUUGCAGUGGGGUAUGACGUCAUAGCAAAGGAAGUGUAUUGGACAGACGUGGAGAGAAAGACGUUAAGUGCUGCUCAAAUCGAUGGGUCCAAUCAAAGAAUAGUUGUUCAAGGGCUUGGAGUUCCUGACGGUCUUUUCGUGGAUAGCGACAACGAAACUAUUUUCUGGACAGAUACGGACUUCAAAACCAUCGAAUCCAUCCAGUUUGACGGAUCGAACCAGCGAGUAUUGAUAAACGAUGUAGAUAUGCCGAGGGCAAUUAUGAUUGUUCCAGAAAACAGGAAGCUCUAUUGGACGGACUGGGGGAGUACACCCAAGAUUGAGAUGUCUAAUCGGGAUGGUUCUGGACGUCAGAUGAUUCUGGAUACAGACAUCGGAUGGCCAAACGGUAUCACUUACGAUAUGCAAGGGAAUCGGUUGAUUUGGUGUGAUGCUCUUCUCGACAAGAUUGAAUCCUGCGACCUUGAUGGUGGUGGGAGGAAGAUUCUCCUUGAUAGUACCCACGGUGCCUUUCAUCCGUUUGGUGUGAUAGUGUACAAGAGUACGGUGAUGUGGAGCGAUUGGGUGCUAAAGGGAGUAGGGGUAGAGGAGCCUGACAAUCAAACAUGGCCUGGUCUGUACUCAUCUGUCAGCUUCAUUGCUCAACCCUCCGGAUUCCACGUCGUAGUUGACUCAUGUUCUGCUGAGCCUUGCUCGUUCGGAACAUGCCAUCCGUUAGGUGUAUCUAACUAUGAGUGCGAUUGUGUGACUGGAUUCACUGGUAAAGACUGCAACACAGCUAUCACAUGCGCCUUACCGAUUGAAUCUGAAGAUAGUCACAUCGAAGAUCCCAAAAAUCUCUACACUCCUGGUGAGCGAAUCACCAUCACAUGCAAUAACAAUGGGAAUGCAAGCACGACUUGGAUAUGUAAUGCUUCUUCGGGGUACUGGGAUGCUACAGAGGAUCUGAAGUGCCCAGAAUCAGCAAUGAACCAUACAGGUCGAUGGAUCGGUAUCGCUUCCGGCGUGAUCAUCUUGGCUGUUCUGGUGCUCACCGCGUUCUGUGUAUUUGCAUAUAUAAAACGAAGGAAGCAACGUCAAGUCAAUAAUGGGAAUAUUCCAGAGCCACAGGAACGUGGGCCCCUCCCACAUGUACCGCAACACCCUAUCUACAUGGACAUGGACGAAGACCAGCAUUAUUACUCCGGUAUAUCUAAUCCAAAUAGUAUUGGUCACAUUUAUGAUACUAACCUAGUCGAUGGCAAAGCAGGAGCACAAAGGGACUCCCGUGAAGAUCAACCCAGAUAUGAAACAAUGCUAAGAUCCAUAACUCAGUAA